AUGACACGAAAUACUUUCGCAGCGCCCCAAAUGGAUCUCGGAGAGUAUUUGUUUCAAAGGCUCGCUCAACUAGGCCUUGGUUCUAUCCAUGGUGUUCCUGGAGACUAUAACCUUACUCUCCUGGAUUACCUCGAGCCUGCAGGUCUUCACUGGGUUGGAAAUGCCAAUGAGUUGUGUGCUGGCUACGCUGCAGAUGGGUACGCCCGAAUCAAAGGCAUUGGCGCUCUGGUCACUUCCUUUGGUGUUGGAGAGCUUUCGGCCAUCAACGCCAUUGGCGCAUCAUAUGCCGAGAAAGCCCCGGUGGUACAUAUUGUUGGCACACCACCGCGGGCUGCUCAGGAAUCAGGCGCCUGUUUGCAUCAUAGUCUGGGCGAUGGCAACUUCCGGGUGUUUGCCGAUAUGUAUAAAAGCGUCACAUGUGCGCAAGCAAAUCUUUGGGAUGCCUCAACUGCUCCUCAGUUGAUUGAUGACACGUUGAAGGAAUCACUGCUACAAAGUCGCCCGGUAUAUAUCGAAAUACCCACCGACCUGGUCCGGGCCAAAGUGCCAGCGCCGCAUAUGCCCAUUGGUCUUUCAUCCCCUGAUUACGACGAAGCUUUCGAAGACAAAACCGUCGACUCUCUUGUUUCUCGUAUCAAAAGCUGCAAGCAGCCUUUAAUCCUUGUCGACGGAUUCACCGCCCGGUUUGGUGUCAGAGAUGAUAUCAACGCACUGGUCAAGCUUACGGGCUUCCCUACCCUCACGACCCCAUUCGGCAAGAGCAUCAUUGACGAAAAUGUGCCCAACUUCCAUGGAGUCUAUCUUGGUUCGGCCGGUGGUGAAGCCUACCAGUCAUACGUUCAAGGGUGUGAUCUGGUUCUCCACUUUGGAGUGCUUGGAUCUGAAAUCAACACAUUCGGGUUCUCUGCUCUGCCACCGCCUGCAGCCACGGUGACAUUCGACAAAUACUCAGUAUCGCUAAACACAACGGAAAGUGUGCCUGUCAAGGCCCGCCUCCUCUCUAUCGAUACCACACUCUCGAAAUUGUUGCGUCGCCUAAACGGCCUUGAAAUUCCUAUCCCACAGCCGUAUCCCGAAGACCCUUUUCUCCCGCAUGAGAUACUGAACACUCUUCCCGAGCCGGUUGAUACUGCCUCGAUAGACCAGUAUUCACUUUGGCUUCGCAUGUCUCGGUUCCUCCAACCCGGAGACAUUGUGAUGACUGAGACUGGUACUGCAUCCUACGGCGGCCAAAGUCUCGCUCUUCCAGAUGGAACGACAUUGAUCAACUCUUCAAUUUGGCUAUCCAUCGGGUACAUGCUCGGUGCCUGCCAAGGAGCUACUUUAGCCCAAAGAGAAAUGGCCAAGGACGGCACACGGUCCCCAGGCCGGACUAUCUUGUUUGAAGGCGACGGAAGUCUUCAGAUGACCGCUCAGGCAAUCAGCGACAUUAUCAGGAACAAGCUUGAUGUAACAAUAUUUGUGUUGAACAACAAUGGCUACACAAUUGAACGAAUCAUCCACGGUUUCUCAGAAGCCUACAAUGAUGUUCAACCGUGGAGAAAUCUCCAAGCACCAAGCUAUUUUGGGGCUGUGAGUGGUGAUGCCUCAUACCCUGUGCGAACCGAAUCUGCUCAGAACUGGGGUGAGCUGCAUACUAUUCUACAGCGACCUGAGAUUCAAGAAGGCAAGGGGCUUAAUAUGAUCGAAAUUGCGAUGAGCAUGGAAGAUGCACCAGAAUCACUUUGCAAAUUUGUUGAGUACCUGAAGAAAAGAAACAGUGGACAGCUGUAG